AGUACGCAUUCACUUCUCAUCUCAAGAUUGGAAAACAUGGCUCGUAUGCUGACUUUUGCUGUGGUGGCGCUGACGGUGGCUGUGGCAGCGGCCAGCUAUUCGAGCUCUUCCAUCGGAUCACAUGGUGGCUUCAGCGGAAGUAGUUAUGGGAGUGGUGGAUUCAGCAGAGGAUCCGGCGGAUUUCAUAACAGAGGAUUCAACGGAGGAUUCGGUGGAUUUCACAACGGAGGAUUCAACAGCGGUGGAUUUGGAAGAGGUGGUUACGGCAACGGAGGCUUUGACAAUGGAUACAGCACCACAAUCGUGAGAGGUCGACCAAUUUUCCUUGGAUCAUCCAUCACUCGCGGAGGAUACGGCUUUGAUGGUUUCGGAGGUGGAUUUAACAACGGUUUCAACAGCUUAUUUGACGAUGGAUUCGACAAUGGAUUUGGCUACGGCGACAGCUUCGGUCAACGCACGUACGGUGAUGGUGGAUUUGGUUUCAGCAGGGGAGGGUUCAACCGAGGCUUCGGUGGAAUUGUGGGAUCAUCCAGAUUCUCAUCAGGAGGAAAUUACCUGGGCAGCAGCUACUCCACGAGCUACUGAACUGCAGGCGAUCGACCAUCCCGCGGCCAUACCUCUCCACUCCAGCUUCUGAUUAACUAACCUCGCGCAAACGCUAACCUAUUCCUACCUGAAUAAACCUUUACAAAUGUAAA